GCACACUGGCACGGGUAAGCGAAAGGGUACUGCCGAUGCUCGAAUGCCUCAGAAGGUCUUAUGGAUGAGGCGUAUGCGCGUGCUUCGGAGACUACUCAAACGUUACAGAGCAUCAAGGAAAAUCGACAAGCAUCUGUACCAUCAACUGUACCAUCAACUGUAUCAACAAUGCAAGGGUAACAUCUUCAAGAACAAGCGCGUUCUUAUCGACCAUAUCCACAAGAAGAAGUCUGAGCGCCUUCGCAGCAAACAGCUGAGCGAUCAGGCCGAGGCCAUGCGGCAGCGAAAGCGCGAAGCUAAAGUCAGACGUGAACAGCGGUUGGUUGAACGUAGGAAGAAGAUGCUGCAAACCGUGGCUGCGCCUACUCCGGCACCAGCUGCCCCUGCCCAGCCUGUGGCUGUCGCUCCGGCUCCAGCUGCAGCCCCUGCUGCCGUUCCUAAGCCUGCUAAGGAGGAACCUAAGGCCAUGGACGUUGAGCAGCCAAAGCCAAAG